CCCAGUCCCAACUCCGAGCCUGACAAUGCAGGAGAAGAGCAUGAACAACAACAAAGGCGGUGAAGGAAAGAAUGAAAUCAAACAGAGUAUCAUGGAGCGUCGGACGGAAAUCAAAAAGGCUAUCCGUGGUUUUCCACGUGUGGAUUCUGUGGAAUGCUUCGAAGGCGACACAAACACAGUGACGACAAUUCGAAAAGUCCAUCUAUCGAAACUCCGAGAACCGGUUGCCAAGUUGGAACAGGUCUCUCCAUUGCCAAAGAAAGAUGAAUACAAAGACAAAGACGAGAAGAAGGAGCAUGGCGGUAGCGGAGAAGAGAAAACGAAGAAAGACGCCAUAGACAAGCCAAAGGAAAAGCUAGAAGAGGAUAAAAUGAAAUCCAUGGAGUCUCCGGUGAUCACAACGGCGAUACUGAAGGUGCAUUUGCAUUGCGAUUGCGUAGGAUGUACCAAGAAGAUUCAGAAAGUAGUCACCAAGACAAAUGACCUUAACGGAGUAUUAAAGGCGUUUACUGCUAUAGGAUAUCAUCAGAUGGGCAUCGACCGUGCAAAUGGUCUGGUGACAGUCAGAGGGUCAAUGGACAUGAACGUUCUGGCUAAGUCACUGGAGCGACAGCUGAAGAGAGAUGUUGAGAUUGUUCCACUUUUACCUGAGAAGGAAGAUGAGAAGAAAGAGAAAAGCGGAGAUGAUCACGAGGAAAAGGAUGGCGGAGAGAGAGAAACUGGUGGCGAAGGUGGCCUAGAUGACCAGAAGACAGAAAAAAGCUCAGGUGUUGAAUCUGUGCAAGGUGGCGUCGGAGACACGCACAAACCGAUGAUAAUCGGGAAAGAAAAUCCGGUGAGCCACCCAACAACAGUCAAGCAGAAUAAGUAUAAGAAGGUCCACAAGGUCUCUCUAUUGCCAGAGAAAGACGAGGACAAGAACAACAACAAAGAGAAAGGCAGUGGCAUAGAAGAAAAUAAAAAGCAAAAGGCCAAAGACAAGUCAAAAGAGAAAAAUUUGAAGGAGCCUCGCAUGACAACGGCGGUGCUGAAGGUGCAUUUGUACUGCAAUUGCAUAGGAUGCACCGAAAAAAUUCAGAAACUGGUCACCAACACAAUAGGGUAUGAUGAGAUGACCAUAGACAACGCAGUGGGCCUGGUGACAGUCAGGGGAUCAAUGGACAUGAAGGUUCUGGCUGAGUCACUGAAGCAGCAGCUGAAAAAAGACGUUGAGAUUGUUCCACCUAAGAACGAUAGCGAGAAGAAAAAAAAAAGCGGCAGUGAGGAGUGUGGGGUAGAGGGAAAAACUGGUUGUGAAAGUGGCAGAGCUGGCGAUAAGGAAAGUGAGAAGAAAGAAAAAAGCGGUUGUGAGAAGGAGAUGAAUGGCGGAGAGAGAAAAGCCGGUGAUGGAAGUGGUAGUGAGAAGGUGGAGCAGUACCAAUAUCCGUACUACAGUCAUGCCUCAGAGAUGUUCAGCGAUGAGAACCCGAAUUCGUGCUCCAUUUUGUGAAGAGCGAGGGGUAAUACUAGAUUGCAUUUGGCUUCUUGAUUUUAAAAGUCCAUUCGUAUGGAUCACGUUAAAAUUAUAAUUAUUAAAUUUAAUUUUUGAAUAUAUUUUUAAAUUCAUGUAACAUUACUCUUUUACAUAAUACACUUUCAUUUGUUAUAAUACCCACUUUAUUUAGUUACCAAAAAGAAAGAAAUAAAAAUACCCGAUUUGUUAAGACAACAAAUAAAACGAGGGAUUUAUUUUGUACUAAAUUUGGAUUAAUAUGACGUGAUUAGUGAUAUUGAGACGUUUGUGUGUUUUCUUUUUAUCGAAAGAUGAGUGAUUUUGCUACUAUGAGAAUAAACAUAAUAGAGUUAAGUUAUGAUAGAUUUAUCUUUCAUGAAUAGUUUAGUUCUGACGUGAAUAACUUGUUUUUAAUUAGACCGAAGAAAAAAUUAAUCAAGUUGCGCAUAAAUUGACCCAAUUAUCUCAAUUAAUUUUCCUAAAUUUCAAUCAUAGCUUACAAACUCCACUUCAUGAAUAUUGAGUUUGAAUUGAAUUUUAAUUAAUUUGAUUACCGAAUGAAUGGAUUUACUAUACUCACAUAAUAGAUCCAACAAUGAUACACUCUAAUCAUCAUUUUGGGAUCAAAUUAAUAGUUCAAAUGAUAUGACUAAAGAUGUUGGCUCUAACCUAACAAAUAAAUGGGUCCUACUAGUCACUAGGUUUCUAAUUGUAUCUAUGCAUGUCAGAUACAAUUUGUUCUACAUGCUCUUCUGGCAAAUGCAUGUUAGAA